AUGUGCGAAUCCGUCGCGGGAAUUGUGAAGAGCAACAAGGAGGAGACCGAUCAUCAGUUGAAGGAAAAACUCAACGACAUCGAAUUUCGAAGAGAGGAACUGCUACGAAUCAGGAAGGAUGUUGUUUCGGAAAUUGACGGGCUGUCGAUUUAUAGACAACGAAUUAUGAAAACUCAAAUGUCCGUAGGAAGAAAUUCGCUCGCAAUUUGCCAGAAAUGUCUCAAUGCUAGAGAACGCAGGUUAAAUAUUGAUUUAGUUCGCGACGACGUCGAGAGGGAAUUGUUGAAGGAACGAGAGAUGAUUAAAGAAGCGGAAAAUUUAUUGGGGCGAGUUGUGGGGGAAAUUUGUGAAAAAAUUCGCAAAUUGAAGGCGACAUUGUAUCACAUCGAUAACGACCAAGAAAAUAAAGAAUGCAAUUUACAAAUUGAUCGUCGUAAUGUGGCUUUGAAGAAUACUGAUUUCAAUUUAAAUACUUGUCAGAGCAUUUUAUAUCCUAAUAAACCGGUGACAAUAGAUGAAUGGGAACAGCAAACGAACAACAACGUUAUUGAAGCAAAUAAAGAAGUGAAUAGCUCAAAGCAAUUACGAUCCUACAUCGAUACAAUAAUUAAACAAACAAUCGACGGCCUGAAUGAACAAAAAGAUGCCACGAACAAAGCUUUCACGCAUCGUAACGAGCAAACUCAAGAAGCCAAAAAGAAACUAGAACUCCGGCACUCGGAGGUUCUAAAACAAAUUGCUGCUAUGACGGACAAUAUCGCGCAAAUAAAAAAUUCUAUAUCCGAUAAGGAGGGCUAUAUAGCUCUUGUUAAGGAGAGACUAGGAUCCCGAUGUCAACGCCCGGAGGCGGAAGUUACUCGAGACUUAACCGAGGCUAAUCUCGUGAAAGAAUUAUACGUUUUACGGAACAUCGUGGCGAAUUUGCAACAAAUGCUUUGCGAAGUACGUAUGUAA